AUGCUUCGCUCCCUUCUCGCAACCGCCUACUUGGCCGCGCUGGCUGCGGCCCAGAGCAAUGUCGUAGGAUCGGCGGUCGGUUUUGCUGCGGGUGUGACUGGCGGUGGAGAUGCUACGCCUGCCGUACCUGCCGAUAUCGAUGAACUUACUACUUGGCUCACGGAUGACGAGCCUCGUGUCAUUCUUUUGGAUAAGGAGUACGACUUCACCGGCUCCGAGGGCACCAAGACUGAAGAUGGUUGCCGUCCGGACAGCAACACUUGUGGAAGCAGUGGCCAAGACGCCCUCGACGGCCCCAACUGGUGCAGCGCCAGCUACCCGACGGUGUCGGUCACCUAUGACGUUGCGGCCACCAACCCCAUUGACGUUAAGUCCAACAAGUCGAUCGUCGGUGUCGGCGACAAGGGUGUGAUCAGAGGCAAAGGUUUCCGUUUCGUCAGUGGAGCACAGAACAUCAUCUUCCAGAACGUCCACGUCACGGAACUCAACCCACAAUACAUCUGGGGCGGAGACGCCUUCCAGAUGUCCGGCUGCGACCUCAUCUGGCUGGACCAUGUCAAGAUCUCGCUCGUCGGCCGCCAAAUGCUCGUCACCGGCUAUGAAUCUGCCGGACGCGUAAGCAUCACCAACUCGGAGCUGGACGGCCAGACCAGCUGGAGCGCCUCGUGCAACAACGAGCACUACUGGACGAUGCUCUUCCUCGGCGACGGCGACCAGAUCACCUUCGCCAACAACUACAUCCACGACACGUCGGGCCGCUCGCCCAAGGUCGGCGACGCCGUCACCCUGCACGCCGUCAACAACUACUUCCAGACCAACAAGGGCCACAACUUCGACGUCGAGCAGGGCGCGCAGAUCCUGAUCGAGGGCAACGUCUUCGAGGACUGCAAGGCGCCCAUGACCGAGGCGGCUCUGGCCGUCACCAGCGGCCUCUUCACCGUCCCCGACAGCAGCGCCGCCGCCCAGUGCUCCAGCGCCCUCGGUCGUGACUGCCAGGUCAACCAGCUGACCAGCUCGGGCGACCUCGGCUCCUUCACCGACACCACCGUCGUCAAGGCCAUCGGCGGCGCGGACUCCAUCUGGGAGGCUAUUGCUGCUGACCAGGUUGCUUCGACCGUCAAGGCCGGUGCUGGUAUCGGAAAGCUGUCUGACUCCUCCUCUUCUUCUUCGUCCUCGUCUACCAAGGUUACCGCUGAGGACGCUUCGUCUUCUUCUGCGGCUGCUGCCGCGCCGGCCGCCACCUCCAGCGCUGCGGCUGUCGAGUCGAGUCCCGCAGCUGUCGAGUCCAGCGCCCCGGCGGCUUCUUCCUCUUCUUCCGAGUCAUCCUCUUCCUCCUCGUCUUCUUCCUCGUCGGGUUCCGCCGUUUCCCGCUGGGGUCAGUGUGGCGGCCAAUCUUGGACCGGGUCCACCACGUGUGAGGAUGGAUACACCUGCACUGUUCAGAACGACUGGUACAGCCAGUGCCUCUAA